AUAACAGGAGCUACAGGCUACAGCCGUUCUUGUAUGGUUUACAUUCCUUCACUAAGAAGAAAAGAAGGGGACAAACUGUGAAAUUAUCAGAGUCAAUCCCUCGAUCGAAAAACUUCACACUGUAAAUCGUGAAUCCAAUUCUACUCCCAUGGCCGCCCAAUCCUCCGCCGCGGCCACCACCAACAUCAUGCUUGCAAUCUACGAGAAGAAAACCACUUCCCUUGAUCUCUACCGUCCAUUACGCAACUACAUCUCUAUGGUUUACUCCGAACGCGAGGCCCAGAACAUCGAAGACGACCUCCAGACCCUUAAGGAGUAUCGCUCCGACGUUGAACGCCAAUCUGACCCUUCACCCACCUCCCGCCGUGAUCUCCUUCAGAAUUACUUCAAAGCCCUUUGCUUGGUCGAGACCCGCUUCCCCAUCUCCCCCGAUAAGGAUCACAUCAAUACAGUAACGUUUAUCUGGUACGACGCGUUUAAGCAGAAGCAGAAAGCGUCUCAGCAGAAUAUCCAUUUGGAGAAGGCCGCGGUGCUGUUCAAUUUGGGUGCCGUGUAUAGUCAGAUUGGGCUUUCGUUUGAUCGGGCCACUGUAGAAGGGAGACGGCAGGCUAUUCAUGCGUUUAUUGGUGCUGCAGGAGCGUUUGCUUAUCUGAGAGAUAAUGCGGCGACCAAGGCUUCGAUGGGGUCGAGUACCACCGUGGAUGUGUCGGUAGAGUGCGCGGGGAUGUUGGAGAGGCUGAUGCUGGCUCAAGCGCAGGAGUGUGUGUUCGAGAAUACCAUUGCCAAAGGGAAUACCCCAGGGGUUUGUGCGAAGAUUGCUCGGCAGGUUGGGCUGUACUAUGAGGAAGCUUUAGCAGCAUUGAAUGUUGCACCUCUGAAGGAUCAUUUUGACAAGCCUUGGAUUUCUCAUGUCCAGUUGAAGGCAGCUCUAUUCUAUGCUGAAGCUUGUUAUCGAUAUAGUUUAGAGCUACAUGAGAAAGAAGAAAUUGCUGAAGAAAUUGCACGGUUGAGUAGUGGGAUUAGUGCCUUAACUGAGGCAAAGAAAAACUUAAAAGGGGCUGCAGCACAGCUUCUGGAUGCAAUCAGCAAGCUGGAAGCCAAUAUCAAUCGCAACCUGGAGAGAGCUGUGAAGGAAAACGAUAGAGUCUAUCUCAUGAGGGUUCCUUCUCCAACUUCCUUAUCUCCUCUUCCAGCAUUUUCCAUGGUGAAGCCAAUGUCAAUGAAUGAGGUACUAGAUGCAAGCAAGGAAAAGAUGUUUGCAAGUCUUGUUCCAGACAGUAGUGCAAAAGCUCUUUCAAGGUACACAGAAAUGGUUGAUGACAUCAUCAGGACACAAGCUGAGAAAUUACAGCAAGCUAGUGAGCUAACUCGCGUGAGGCUCAAGGAAAUGGACCUUCCAGAUUCAAUUAUUGCUUUGGAAGGAAAUUUUACACUGCCAACAGAUCUUAAAGAAGAUGUGGAAGCAGUGCAGAUUAGUGGGGGCCCAGCUGGUUUGGAAGCUGAGUUGCAACAACUUAGAGAUUUGAGAAGGGUGAACCAAGAAUUGCUGGUCCAGACUGAGGAGCUUUUGCAGAAAGAAGCAACAGAAGAUGCUCAAUUUAGAAAUCAAUUUGGUACACGGUGGACUAGGCCUCAGUCCAGCACUUUGACAAAGAACUUGCAGGAUAGAUUAAAUAGAUUUGCAGCCAACCUAAAGCAAGCUGCAGACAGUGAUGGUAGAAUUGAGCGAUCUGUGAGGGAUCAUUCUACACUCAUGUCAAUCCUUGAUCGCCGACCGAUAGAAUCUGCUCUUCCAACUUUGGCUAGGCCAAUAAUGUCUUUGGAUGCCAAUGAAGAUGCUAUAGUGGGUUCUCUGAAGCAGAGCUUGAGGCAAUUGGAGAUUCUUGGUGCUCAAAGGGCAGGUCUAGAAGAUAUGCUCAAGGAGAUGAAAAGGAAGGAUGACAUACUACCAAAGUUGAUGACAUCCACUGGUUCCUAUGAAGAUCUUUUUAGGAAAGAGAUAGCCAAAUAUGAUCAAAUCUGUGAGGACAUUGCACAGAAUAUUGAGGCACAAGAACAAGUGUUGUUGCAAAUUCAGGCUCAAAAUGAGGAAUUUUCUGUUGUCUUCAACCUUGAAGAUUACAAAGCCUCUCGUGAGAAGUGUUAUAAGCAGAUACAGGCUGCUAUAGCAAAGUACAGAGAAAUAAAGGAGAACAUCAAUGAAGGAUUGAAGUUCUAUGUUACUCUUCAGGAUGCGAUCACCAAUGUCAAGCAGCAAUGCAGUGAUUUUGUGAUGACCAGAAGCAUCCAGUGCCGAGAAAUGAUUGAAGAUGUACAGAGGCAUAUGGCAGGACUGAGUUUUCAGGACCGCAAGAGCACAGGUUCUUACAACUACCCUGCAGUGAACCAGGCCCAUCAAACUCCAAGAUCAAGUCCACCCCCUGCAGUUGAUCCGCAAAACGUUCCCCAUCCUCGCCCCCAAAUGCCUUACUAUCAGCCUCCUGAGCAGCCAACAAUGCCGGGAUACGCUCAUCCUCCUGCCACUUAUAGUGCUCCCCAUCAGCCACCAUCUUACCAUAUUCCCCCUGCUCCUGGUAUGCCUUACCCUCCUCCACAGGUUCAACAACAGCCCCCAACAAGUCAGGAGUAUGGCCAACCUGCCUAUCCAGGGUGGCGGGGCCCAUACUACAAUGCUCAUGGACAGCAACCUGGAUCACUUCCUCGACCUCCAUAUACUGUUCCUAAUCCAUACCCCCCUCCACAUCAAAGUGGCUACUAUAAGCAAUGAUUGUGAAGUUUGUCAUUUUUCUUUCUGGCAACUUCAUUUGAUAAUUUGUGGUGCGAUAUUGGUCUUCAUUUCAUACUUUGUGGAUAGAUUGGAUUCGGCUUAGCUCCCUGCAUAAUUAUCUUGAGUAGCUAGUGGUCUGUUGAUUAGCAUAAUCUUUUUUUUGUAUCAUUUCAUGUGAAUUCACAAGUUCUUGUUCAAAGUUUAACAUGCAUGUAGCUUAUUAAUUUGUGAAGUAUUUUGAACAUUAUCCA